AUCAGAAUCUAGCAAAUGUCUUUUAUCCAUCCACUCAUAUUCGGUUUUUGUUAGUAGAAGACCUGAAGCAAGCUAAUAACAAUAGGCAAGCUCUGGUUAAGCAAGAUGAACCAAAUCUUAUUGGCUUCAAAUUGAGGCAAACCAAUUCUUGUCAGUGAAUGAAAAUGUCAAUAUGUAGAGGAUCAUUUUCAGGAAACUUUGGUUGAUCAUUUGUGUGAAGUGAAAACAGUAGAAAACCAAAACUACAAGGUCCAUGAAAGCCCAAUUAGGAAAAAAAAAAAGAGGACUCAAAAAUAUUCCGGUAACGGUAAUCCGCCGGCAUGAAACCUAAACUGAAAAUUACCUUCUUACCACAAGAUUCGAUUUUUCCGCCAACCCGUUGUUCUCCAGAACGCUUGGAACUUUAUUAGUGGAAAAAGUAAAUGAGAGAGAGAGCCUUAUGUUAAGUUCUGAGCCUUGUCUUUGUCCGUGAGACGUGGACGAGAGAUCUCCAUCAGAAAAAAUGAGAACCCUUUCUUCCACGUACACACUCUUUGCCCCUUCUUCUAUACCUUUCCUCCCCUGACGUGUUUCUUCUUCUUAUUCUGGGUUUUGGGGUUUACCAGAGAAAACGCCAAAGAACAACUUUGUUUUUUCUGAGGGAUUAGGGUUUAUCGGGAUUCGAGACGAUUUUUGUAGAAGAUGACAAGAGUCAAGACUAAACUAGACGAUGAUCUGUCGUCUCCUUGGUUUUAUACUGUUUGUACCAUGGGAGGAAUGCUUAGUGCCGGAACUACCCAUUUGGCUAUAACCCCUCUCGAUGUCCUCAAAGUCAAUAUGCAGGUGAAUCCACUGAAGUAUCAUAGCAUUCCUUCCGGUUUCUCCACUCUCUUAAGAGAGCAUGGCCGUUCCUAUCUUUGGAGAGGUUGGUCAGGGAAGCUAUUAGGCUAUGGUGUUCAAGGUGGAUGCAGAUUUGGACUCUAUGAGUACUUCAAGACACUCUACAGCAAUGUGUUGCCUAAUCAUAACAGAACUUCCAUAUAUUUUCUCAGCAGUGCUUCUGCUCAGGUAUUCGCCGAUAUGGCUUUAUGUCCUUUUGAAGCUAUAAAAGUUAGAGUUCAGACGCAGCCUCUGUUUGCGAAAGGUUUGAUUGAUGGAUUUCCAAGAGUAUAUAGAAGUGAAGGUCUUGCUGGCUUCCACAGGGGACUUUUUCCGCUCUGGUGUCGUAAUCUUCCAUUUUCUAUGGUGAUGUUCUCGACGUUUGAGCAGUCAGUUGAAUUUAUAUAUCAAAAGAUUAUCCAGAAGAGGAAGCAAGAUUGCUCUAAAGCUCAACAACUAGGUGUCACAUGUCUUGCUGGCUAUACUGCUGGAGCUGUAGGUACAGUCAUAUCUAACCCCGCAGAUGUGGUUCUUUCGUCUCUAUACAACAACAAAGCCAAGAAUGUGCUGCAGGCUGUGAGGAACAUUGGGUUUGUUGGUCUUUUCACUAGAAGUCUUCCUGUUCGGAUCACGAUUGUUGGACCUGUCAUUACCUUGCAAUGGUUCUUUUAUGACGCCAUCAAAGUCUUAAGUGGAUUCCCUACAAGUGGAGGAGUGAGGAAACCAGUGGAUGCAACAAAAUUAUCAGUGUGAAGCUGAGAAGAGUAUAGAUUUAUCUCUGUCAACAUCUGGACCUGGAACUCAAAAAACAUACUAUCAUGUAAGAUUCUCUUGCAAGUAGAUAACCCGAGCGUUGUGUAGCGAAUGGAAUAAGCGUUUUGAAAAUUUUCGCUUAGUUCAAUCCUUGCCUGAAAUUUGGAUUUGUAACUAAAGUGCUAAUGAGUGAUAAUGAUGUAAACAGAAACUAUAAUCUUCAAACUGAUUGAGGUAAAAAGAAAAGUCUCUGGUUUUAUCUU